UGAUAUUUCACAUCUUCAUACCCACCUUCCUUAUAUAAAUUCCUCUCUUUAUUACACCCACUCCUAUCUAGUUGUCUCCUAUCCUAAGUUUCUUGAUUUUAUUCAUUAAUUCACAAACUAUUAUUUGUUGUAUGUUUUUUAGUUCAACUUGAAACGAAACAACCACAACACAAACCUUGGAGAUGAGGAAAAGUGGGAAAGAGCAAAAACAAAACAAGAUAGUGAGAAUAAUAACAACACCAAUAAGAGUGUUGGGAAUAGCAAAAGACAUGUACGUAAGAAGCAUAACAAAGUGCGGUAACAACAUGAAUUAUAGCAAUCCUACUGGAAGAUUCGAGAAUUUACCGCGAAGUUACAGCGCGGUAACUUCUCGAUCAGGUGGUGGUGGUGAUAACGAAGAUUUUGCUGAGUUAAUGAGAGCAGCUUCAGCUAGGACUUUGGGUAACCGAAUUGAUAUGGAUUUGGUUCUCAAACAACAACUAGAACCAAAACCCGUUUCUUCAAACGGGUUACCCAAAUCCGUUAGUGUUGGUAUGGGUCGGAUUGAUGAGGAAAAGCCUAGUGAUGAUGAUAUUGCUGAAGGUGAUGUUCCUGUGGUGGCAAAUUCUUAUCCAAGAAGUAGAAGCUAUGCUGUUGGAAAGAGAAGUGUUGUUUUGUAGAAUCAUUAAAAUUAAUCUCUCUUGAGAAUUGAUGAUGAUUUCAUUUUUCAUGUUCUGGUGUUAUUUCGUUGGUGGAUUUGUUCUGUUCGUGACUGACAGGUUAUCCCUAAUUUUUUGUUAUUGUUUUCUGUGAUUGUGUGUGUUGGAUUUUCUAUGAUUGUUUGGUAUGGCUAGUGAUAAGGAUGAUUUGCUUCAAGCUGUUAGUGUUCAUCUUAUAGGACAAAACUAUUCUUAUUGGAGUUAUGUGAUGAAAUUUUUUUUGAUAGGAAAAGAUAUGUGGGGUUAUAUUGAUGAAACUGUUGUUAAACCCACUGACAAAAAGGAUGCUGAUAAAUAUGCUCAAGCUUUCAAAACAUGGAUGAAAAGUAAUUCAAAAAUUAUUACUUGGAUUAAUAACUCUAUUGAUCAGUCCAUAGGUGUGCAACUAGCAAAAUUUGACACUGCUAAAGAGAUUUGGGAUCAUCUGAAACGAUUAUACGUUCAAUCAAACUUUGCUAAACGUUAUCAACUCGAAAGUGAUAUUAUGGCCCUCAAGCAGAACAAUAUGACCAUUCAAGAAUUCUAUUCGGCCAUGACAAAUUUGUGGGAUCAGUUGGCUCUUAUGGAAUCUGAUCAGUUGAAAGUAGUCAAAGCUUACAUUAAUCAGAGGGAAGAACAACGUCUAGUAUGGUUUCUGAUGGCUCUCCGUGAUGAUUUUGAGGGGCUUCGUGGGGGUAUUCUGCAUCGUACACCUCUUCCUAAUGUUGAAUCAGUAGUUAGUGAAUUGUUGGCAGAAGAAUUCGACUCAAGACUCAUCCCAAUAUGUCAGAUAAGGGUAUUUUCUCCACUCCUCCAUCUGUUUUUGUUGUUGCUCCUGUUCAAAGAGGAAAACCUCAAGGGAGGAUUGGGAUCGGUAACGAUGAAUGUGCUUUUUGCAAAUAAAAAGUUCAUUGGAAAGUACAAUGUCCAAAAUUAGGGAGAGCGAAUUGGAAGAAUUUCAGGGGUCCGUCAUCAAAUGUUGUUGCUGCUGCUCCUUCUACUGUUGGAUCUAGUUCUGGUUAUGCAUACUCAUCUGGUACGGCUUCUCAACUAUCUGAUCUUGCAGAGCAACUUCAGAAGCUUCUUUCCACUCAGUCACAUGCCAUGUCUGCCUCUUCUCCUAAAGGUUUGAACUCUUCAAGUGUGUCAGGAUCCACAUUCCGGGAGGCUGAUUGGGACAGGCCAUAGACAAGGGGGACUUUAUGUUUUGGAUAACUUGAGAGCUUUUGACACUGCAGCCGCAACAUCCACUACUGAGCUAUUAUCUAGUUUUCAUUUGAAUUCUUCUUCUUCUAGUUUUUAUUUGUGGCAUUCUCGUCUUGGACAUGUUUCUGCUUCUAGAUUAAAGUAUUUGGCUUCUACUGGAGCUUUAGGAAAGUUACAAACCAUUGAUAUUUCAGAUUGUUGUGGUUGUAAACUUGCAAAAUUUUCAGCUUUACCAUUUAAUAAAAGUGUCUCUGUUUCGUACUCA